AUGCGAAAUUACAAUAACAUAGUUGUACACUGUAAAGUAGUGACGUUUGCUGAUUGUUGUUAUAAAAAAAAAAUUGUGGGGGCAAUGAAGAUUUUGAUAAUAUUCGCGGCUCUUGCGGCCGUGACUUUUGCAGAUAAACGGUGUCAUGGCGUCUACAUCGAUAACAGAUACUAUAAUUUAGAAAUUGUCAAAGAAGGCAUAAAUAAUUUACACGAUUUAGUAAUAAAUCGCAAUGAUAACUCAGUUUAUUUUACUUAUGAUGAUCUGGAUAAGACUUUGUCGAGACGUGUCGCACAUUUCGAUUUGAACACUAAAAAAGCAACUGUAAUAGACGGUAUAAGAAACGCUACAGCUUUAGCGGUCGAUCAAUUUUAUGGCAAAGUGUAUGUUGGCGGGAUGGAUGGCUUGUACAAAAUAAAUGAUUUAAAAGCAGAAAGACUGCCUCUACACGACGAAGUUAUAUCCAUGCAUUUUAAAGAAGUUCUAUACUUCAUAAAUGGGAAUAAGGAAGCGUUUAAAUUCGAAGACGGCCAUGCCACGCCUGUGUCGGAGUUACGUGGAGUUAAAAUCGACAGACUAGUUAUAAAUGAUGACGAUAAUAUAUUUUUCACAGAUAAUCAAAUGUUGUAUAGAGUGAAAUUAGGCACACGUGCUAUAAAUACGCAUGAGAAACUUAAUGUAAAUGCUAUAGCUACUGACGCGUAUUCCAGAACGUUUAUAUGCACUAAAGAUGGUCUGUACAUGUAUAAUAAGUAUAAAUUUGUUUUCGAUAAAAUGGCCGAUUUGCGAAAUCUUAAAGCUAUAACUUUUAAUAAAAUGAAUGAUCCGAUUUACGCUGCAAAUGACUUAUUGGUGAAACUUACGACAAGUUCUAUUGGGUGUUAUGAAGAC